AUGUGCCGAGAACGAAAAGUCGAUCAAAGUCAAGUUGAUAAUACAGCCACUGAUCAAUACAAUCAAUUAAUUGAACAACUCCAGAGUGAAUUAAAUGAAUUACUUGAAACAACUACUCAUUUACAAGAAGAAAGUGAACGUCUGGAACGAGAGGCACGUAAAUUAAUCGAUGAAAAUAUUCAAGUACAAAUUGAAGCACGCUUACUAAAAGAGAGAUAUCGUCACCGACGACGACGACGACGAAAUCUAUUAUCUAUAAGAAAAAAGCGAUUAAAUUUUAGUCAAUUAAAACAAGAACUACAGCGGGAACGACAAAGUUUUCUGCGUUUUGAACGUCGACUACGUGCUAAAUAUGAACAACCACUACAUCAAAUUGUUGCAACCUCAACAAUAACUCAACAACCACGUCGUUGUCGUCGAAUUCGAUCGAUGCCAUCGGAAUCCAUUGAUUAA